GUCAACUGCAGCUCCAAGAAAACGUCUACAUUUAGGAUUUGUGUCGUCCUUCUCUUCCCGUCUUUCUCUUCUUCCUUCUUCUUUUUUUUUCCUCUCUUCAAAAAUGAAAAAUCCAAUUUACUCUCUUCAAUUUACCCGCCUCAUAAAUUAAAUUAAAUUAAAAAAUUUUCAGUUCAUCAUAAUGUAGCUUUUUUUUUUUUUCAUUUUUUAAUUUUCCCCUUUUCCGGCUCAAGCUAUAUUCAAUGCAAUAUCUUUGCCGUUACCAGUGCACCGGAAUCUCAAAUUUUUGAAAAAAGAAAUAUAAUGAAAUUAAUUAUCGCAAUCCUGAGAUAAAUUUGAAUCCGUCAUUGGAAAACGUAUUUGCUUCUGACUUUCCCUCCUGUCCAUUUCCGCAGCUCAAUUUCGUGGUCAUUUUCCCCCAAAAUCUUUGUUGUCGUUUUUUCGGGUAAUCGGAGAACGUGCUUGUAUUGUUUUCUCCAUUUCCUGUACAGAUUAAUCGGAGUUUCUGAGCUGAUUAAGAAACUCUUAUUUGAUGUUUUCAAGCUCAGAAUAGGAUUCUAUCGUAGUUUCAUGAUGAUUUUUUUUCCCCCCUCAAAUUUUAGAGCUAUAGUUAGGGCUUUUGUGGAGUAGGAUUGGAAUUUGGAAGCGCAUGGUGUUCAAGCAUAAUGCCGAGCAUUAGAGCUCCAGCUGCCAAGAAGACGACUACGCUCACGGUAGCUGUGAAAUGUAGGCCGUUGACAGACAGGGAUCGUGGUCGUGACAUUAUUAGAGUUCACAAUGAUAAGGAAAUACUCGUGCUGGAUCCAGACUUGUCAAAGGACUAUUUAGAUCGGAUACAAAAUCGUACAAAAGAAAGGAGAUACAACUUUGAUUAUGCUUUUGGCCCUACUUCAACCAAUUUGGAUGUCUAUAAGAGAAGCAUACAUACAACAAUUGCUGGACUCAUCCAAGGUCUCAAUGCGACUAUCUUUGCUUAUGGUUCAACAGGAAGCGGUAAAACAUACACGAUGGUUGGGACUAAAGAUGAUCCUGGUCUUAUGGUUCUCAGUCUCAAAACAAUUUUCGAUCUUAUCAAGAAAGAUGAUAGCUGUGAUGAUUUUGAAGUUACUUGUUCUUAUCUUGAAGUUUACAAUGAGGUGAUAUAUGAUUUGCUCGAAAAAUCAUCAGGUCACCUGGAACUGAGAGAGGAUCCGGAGCACGGGAUAACUGUUGCUGGCCUUAGGAGCAUCAAGGUAAACUCUGCUGAUAAGAUUCUUGAACUUCUAAACUUGGGUAACAGUAGACGCAAAACUGAAAGCACGGAAGCUAACGAAACUUCAUCUCGCUCACAUGCAGUUCUGGGAAUAAAUGUUAUAAGAAAGCAGAGUAAGAGAUAUCCUAAUCAGGUUGUUCGAGGAAAACUUUCCCUUGUUGAUUUAGCCGGCAGUGAACGCGCAUCUGAAACAAAUAGUGGAGGUCAAAAGCUGAGGGAUGGUGCCAAUAUCAAUCGAUCUCUUCUAGCUUUAGCAAACUGCAUAAACGCUCUUGGGAAACAACAGAAAAAGGGUUUGGCAUAUGUUCCUUAUCGCAACAGCAAAUUGACUCGGAUCCUAAAAGAUGGCCUGAGCGGGAAUUCCCAAACAAUAAUGAUUGCUACCAUAUCACCAGCUGAUGGUCAGUAUCACCAUACUAUCAACACAUUGAAGUAUGCCAACCGGGCAAAAGAGAUCAGAACACAUAUCCAGAAAAAUAUUGGCACAAUAAAUACACAUGUAUCGGACUAUCAGAGGAUGAUUGACAGUCUACAGAAUGAAGUAAGCCGGUUGAGAAAGGAAUUAUCUGAGAAGGAAUCCCAGUUAAGUGCUAAGCCAUCUGAAAAGGCUGCAGAUGAUGAGAUAUCUUGGUUGAACUCGUUGAGCCAAGAAACCAGUGAAAAUGUCCAGGAACGUAUAAACUUGCAGAAGGCCUUAUUUGAAAUCGAGGAAAUUAACCUUCGCAACCGCACUGAACUCCAGCAGCUUGACGAUGCUAUUGCUAAACAACAGGACAUUGAAAAAGAUGGAGCAGUUGUUCAGGCUUUACGAGUGAGACGGCAAGUGAUCCUUGAUAAUAUUCGUGACAAUGAUGAACUUGGUGUACACUACAAGAAGGAAAUAGAAUCCAAUGAGAAGCGGAGAUGCCAGCUGCAGAAUAUGAUUGAAGAAGCAAUUAGCAACAAUGGCAACAAAACCUAUUUGCGCAUCUUGAGUCAAUACAGGCUCUUGGGUAUUGCAAAUACAGAGCUUCAGUUUGAGAUGGCAAUGAGAGAUCAAGUCAUCAACAAUCAGAGGGAAGCCUUUAAGAACCUAUGGAAUUUGCUCGUAAGUCUUGGACUGGAUGAGAAGCAGAUAAUGGAGCUGGCUGCAAAGCAAGGAAUGACCAUUGAAAACUGGACAACAACAAACCAACUUGGACUUGUAAACAGGUUAUCUUCACCAAGUCUGGGAUGUAGUAGUAGAUAUUCUCUUUCAUCUGGUUGCGUAUAUAACCAACUUCACAAUGGAGAAUCACAGAGCUUUCCACAACGCCAAGAGUUUAGUACACCAUUGUUUUCCACUGAAAACAGGAAAUCAUCUCGGGCAUAUUAUGGGGAGGAGCACCGUAGUUCCUACUAUUACAUGGCUCAGGAUCACUCCCCGGCUACAUGUGUGAAUAUCACCAGCCAGAACUGGUUUAGUGGUGGGCCUAAUGCACAGCGUGGAACCAUUGAGAGAUCUCCGAUGGAACUGUGUGAUCCAUUGAUUCACAGAAAUGAGGUAUCUCCGUGCAGCAGAAAUAGCAGACAAGAAGAGGUAUUCAUGUACUAUUACUCUUACAAAUAUGCACACCUUUAUUUCCGUACUUGCGCCAUGCUUCUUAAUCCCAUGUAUAUUUUGCAACACCAAAUUUUGUUAACCUUUAAAUCUUUCAGAGAAUGUAUGGGCGAAUUCCAUAGCAGAAAUUCUCAUUCAGGUCAACAAGUUAGAGUUGGAACUCCUUGUAACAAGGACUCAGAGAGAAGAAUGGAAACUACUCCUGAUGGCUCUACCCAUAGUCCAUUUCGAGAUGGCCCGUUUGGUCAAGGUACUGGUAUUCCAAACCAAGUUUCUGCCAAAUCAAGAUCUUCUAAUCUGCCGCCUCAAGAGACAUCUAGCUUUGAUUCUCGUUCCUCUGCACUUGCACAAUUCAUCAAAUGAACUCUAGUCCUCGUCACGUCUAACCUCUAGAUCCACUUUCAAUUAUCUGCCCUGUGUACAUAUCUUCGCCUUCGGCUAUGUUAGGACCAUUGAGAUAGGUUUGUGUUGCAAAGGCCACCAGCAUCGCACAUUCUCCCGAAAAUGGAUACAUUUUCUCCGAACCAUGUUGAUGGCCGAAUACAAAGUUUGCUGACUGACACGAUAUUAGCCUAGUUUUGUACAUGUAGAACAUUUCUUUUAGGUUUAAGGUCGCCUGAAGUAGUUGUAGCAGAGAACCUGAAUUAGAUAUAUUGAAUCAGGUCGGACCGUUAGAGGCAAAAAGGAAGCCUUGAACGGGAGUUAUCAGAAAAAAUAGUUUCAUCGGUGCAGCACUUUACAAUUGUGUACAGUUCAUUAAUUGACAGCCUGAAGCCUUUUAGGCUUUUGUUAUUAUUUAUUACAACCAAUUACUCCAUUGUUCCUUCCACUAGUAAUACAAACCCA